AUGUCCAAUGAAAGUGUGAAUGAUAUAUCAGAUUCAGAUAAUUUAAUAGAAUCUUCAAAUGUAUCUUCUCCAACAUCUCUUAAACAUGGAGGAGGAACUGGUGGAGGUCAAGAGUUUCUUCGUCCUAAUCUUUUAAGUUAUCAAUCCAGAUCAUCCAACAAUGUCAAUAGAAUAAGAUCUAAUUCUUUAAAUCAAAGUGAAAAAUCUCUUCGACAACAUCGAGAUUCAUUUCUUCAACAUAAUCCAUUAGUUGAUGAAAAUAGUAAAUAUUUUGGGGUACCGUUGGAAGAAGCUAUAUUACAAGCCAAUGCCAAGAUUUCUGUAUCAACUUCAGAUAGUGGGAAAGUUCAAUAUGGUCAUAUUCCAUUGGUUGUUGCUAAAUGUGCCAUUUAUAUUAAAUCUAAUGGAUUAAAUGUAGAAGGUAUCUUUAGAGUUGGAGGUUCAUCUAAACGAUUAAAAGAAUUACAACAUAUUUUCAAUACCCCACCUGAUUUUGGGAAAAAAUUGAAUUGGGAAGGUUAUACUGUUCAUGAUGCAUCUUCAAUAUUAAGAAGGUAUUUAAAUGCAUUACCUGAACCCCUUAUACCACUUGAUUUAUAUGAAGAGUUCCGAUCUCCAUUAAUGAGUCGACCAAGAAUUAUUAAUUAUUUGAAAUAUAAAGCUGAAAACCCUAAACGGAAGAAGGAACAAGUGACACCCAACGAAGUUGAAGUUGAAGGUGAAGAGGGAACGAUAGAUGGAGUACUUGAACUGGGAGGAGAAUUCGCCGGCGAAAAUAAUGUUCAAUCUUCAUUUAAUAAUAAUAAUAACAAUAAUAAUAACAAGAAUUUAUAUGAUUCAUCCAAAGCUGAACCUCUUACAGAAGCUAAUAUUGAUAGAUUAAAUCAAGUAUCUUCUUCGUCAUCUCCUCAACCAAUACCUUCAAACCCAAGUGUUCCACCAGAACAACCAUUUACAUCUAAUCGUGAAGAAUCUCAAAGUCCAAGUGAACUUGAAGUAAAGAAACCGAAAAAGACGAAAAAUUAUAGAAAACUUACACAAGAAGUUCAUGAAGCCAUUGAUUUGUAUAAAGAAUUAAUCGAAAGUUUACCAUCAUUAUCCAAACAAUUAUUAUUUUAUAUUUUGGAUUUACUUUCAAUGGUUCAAUUACAAUCUGAAGAAAAUUUGAUGUCUUCAAGAAAUUUAGCAGCAAUUUUCCAACCUUCAAUUUUAUCACAUCCAAAUCAUGAUUUAGAUCCAGUGGAAUAUGCGUUAUCACAAGCCGUGGUUGAAUUUUUAAUUCAAUAUUCUUAUAAACUUUUACCUGAAAAUGGAGAAGAAGAAGAACAAGGAGAUGUUGAAGAUUCUACCAAGGCACAACCCAUUACACAAUCUACAAAAUUACCUACUGAGACUGGCUCUGUUGAAUCUCUGCUUCCAAAGAAUUUAACUACACCAUUACAAAUAUAUAACCGACAACAUAGCCGUUCUAUAAGUUCAGCCCAAUCUCAAGAUAUUGGCUGUUACAGUGGGAGUGGGAAUAGAUUACCAAUUGUUGAUCUGGAUAAUGAAGUUCAUUCACUUGAAUCUGGAAUCACUGAUGAUGAUGAAAUAUCAAAUAUCAAUAAAUCUAAUCUUAGUUUAGAUUUUAAAGUAAGCAAGAUGAAUAUUGAUAGUGUUUUAGAUCAAUUGGAUAUGGAACAGAAUAAUAUACUGAAUGAACCACCCAUUGUCGGUACAGGAUCUGGUUCGUUGAAGAAAUUAUCAGAAAAUACAUCCAAAUCUACUGAAUUUGAAUCUACACCUGUUGCAAUUGUGGUUUCCACUGCAAAUGAUGAACAUCAUUAA